AAAUUGUGAUUCAAAAUAGCAAACGUGGGCUGGGGGAGGAGGUUUAACAGGGGCAGGUGGGCUGUGGAUUGGAGUUUGUCCCGCUCACCCGGCCGCACAGGGGACAGCCUGUCUUUGGUUAAAAUUGCUUAAUAAAUAUGGAGGGAGAGGAAGCAGUUUGUUCAGGGGGCUGGUGCCUCUGGAGAGCUCGGGUGUGACUCGUGAGGGGACGGAGCCUUGUUUUGUUUUCGCAGUCAGGUCUGGGAAGAGGCUGGGGGGCCGCGUGUGUGUGAUGAGAGGGAGAAGGGCUGCUCGGCGGCGGGCGUGAGUGAGCACACAUGGAUAACGCGCAGAGAGGGAGAGAGUAAAUAAUGGAAGAGGCGAGGAAGCUUAUGCUGACGACUUGGGGCUGCCUGGGUCGUUGUUCCGCAUGGGUCGCUUCCAGAGAGUCUGGGUAAGGGCCGGAGCCCCCAAGCCCACCCUAAGAGAAAGCAUGUGCCGAGAUCGCCCUCCGGGUUCGCAGCCCCCCCAGCACUGAGGACGCUUGCCAGGAGUGCAGAUCUGAAGUCAGCGAUGAGUGACUCCCGCGCAGCCCCCGCAGUACAAUCAUCCCUCCAGAGAAGGGAGACUUGCCGUAAAAUUACCACCCCCCCACCGCGCAAGGGAGGGAUGCUCUCCUCCCUGUUGGAGAGUGAGGUUGACAGCUGGGCUGAGUCUUGCAACUCUGUUACUGCUGUUGGACUGGCUUUUCCUUCCCCAUAUGCCCCUGUUUUCCCGUGGGAGGAAGGGGGGAGGCUCUCUAAGGAGCAUGUGGCCGGGAGAAGGUGGUGCGCCGAGAAUAGCACCCACCGCAGUUCCUUGUAGGUGCCUGUCCUGCCUGAGCCAGCCCGGUGAGGAGAGGAGGUGUUAGUCCUCUUGCCCUUAAAAACAUAACCUUCCCCAGUUGCAGGAAGGGCCUCUGUCCCCCCACUCGGAUCCAUUAGCAAAGGCAGCAGCUGAUGCGUGCAAGACAAGUAAAAUUAAAUGGGUCCAGUAACUGGAAUGACUCCAGAUAAGAAAGCUGAAGCACCUGGAGCAGAAAAGGCUGCAGGAUUAAGACAGAUUUACAGAAUGGGAAGCUUGCCUGAAGCAGUUGAUGCUGCUAGGCCGAAGGCCACGUUAGUGGACAGCGAAUCAGCAGAUGAUGAGCUCACAAAUUUGAACUGGCUUCAUGAAAGUACUAAUCUUCUAACAUACUUCAGUCUUGGAAGUGAGGGUCUUCCAAUUGUUAGUCCUAUAUAUGACAUUGAGGGUGAUAACGUGCCAUCUUUCUCAGCAUCCUGCUACCAGAAUCUGGAAAAAAAAUCAGCCACUUCCAAACCUCCUUAUUCCUUUAGCCUUCUCAUUUACAUGGCUAUUGAACAUUCUCCUAAUAAAAGUUUGCCAGUCAAAGAAAUCUACAGCUGGAUUCUGGAACGCUUCCCAUACUUUGCCACAGCACCCACAGGGUGGAAGAACUCUGUUCGACACAAUCUUUCCUUGAAUAAAUGUUUCCGAAAGGUGGAGAGAAGCCAUGGCAAGGUGAAUGGAAAAGGUUCAUUAUGGUGUGUUGAUCCGGAAUAUAAGCCAAAUCUUAUACAAGCACUGAAAAAGCAACCUUUUCCCUCAGCACUUACAUUUUAUACCCCACCGGCAUCACCACCGAGUAGGUCAUCCUGUCCUCAUUACUUAACCUCAGUACUUAAGCAGAAUCAUGACCGGUCUCUAAAAGAUUCUGAUAUUGAUGCUGCUACUGCAAUGAUGCUGUUAAAUACUUCCAUUGAACAAGGGAUUUUAGACUGUGAGAAGGCCCAACCUCCCAAGAUGCCCAAGAAGAGGAGUUAUGGCAGUGCAUUUAAUCAUCACAGUUCCAUAAACCUGCAAGAAAAUCAUUCUGCAGCCACUAAUAUUGAUCCAAAGGAGGAUCACAAUUACAGUGCUAGCAGCAUGGCUUCACAAUGUUGUGCAUCUAGGUCCAGCAUGUCUUCCUUGUCCUCUGUUGAUGAGGUGUAUGAAUUUAUCUCCAAGACCAGCCAUGCAGGAAGCGAGGGCAGUGAAGGUUUUCAUAGUGAAGUGGAUACGGACAUUGACUAUGAAGACGACCCUCUUGGAGACAGUGGCUAUGCAUCACAAUCUUGUGUAGAUACCUCUGACAAAAGUCAGCCUAGCAAGAAAGCUCUCAAGGAGUUAUGUCAAGAAAUUGAUGAGGAGCUGAAAGAGGCAGCUGGGUCUCUGCUCCACCUGGCUGGAAUCAGCACAUGCUUGGGUUCCCUAAUAAGUACUGCAAAGACCCAAAGUCAAAAGCAGAGGAAAAAAUAGUAAUGCUUGUUAGUGUGAAUAUAUACAUAUAUUUUUUUUUAAGUGUGGCAAUACUCUUCUACUUUUACCCUUCACAAGGAAGAUCAAAGCCAUAAGAGGACUUGUUUUUUAUUUUUUGAUGCUAAUUAUAGUUUGGCCUUUUAUUUUCAAAUCAUUGCUUAGAAAAUGUUUUAUUUAAUCUUUUCAGAUUAGGAGAGAUGCAUGACAUGUGAAAAUCUAACUAUACUUUUUGAUGACCAGUGAUUGAAUAUUUGACCAUUUACAGGGGGAUGCAUAGGUUCAGAUGCAUGUGUGAAAUUUACCCCUAAGCAGGCCUACUCCACAUAGUGAAUUUCACCCUAUGUGAGGGGACACAAUUUCCCCAUCUCCCUCCCCAAGACACAAAUAACUUUCACUGGUAUAGCAAACAGUAAGAAGCUGCCACUGUACAUGUGCCACGUACCAUUUCCCCCAACUAUUGAAUACACAUUAGCUGUUAGCUAAAGGUUUUUGCUAUUUUUGUUUUGUUUUUCAUGUGUAAAAAAUACUUGUUAAAAACACAAAGUUCAUGCUGUCUGAGUCCACAAAUGAAGUGGAGAUUCUAGAUGGCUAAAUGUAAAUGACUGCUGGAAAGAACUUUGGGUCAUGUUUAAGAAAAGCAUAAUAUAAUAGUUUCCUUUAAGAUUAGGAAAACUGAGUUAAUUACAUUAAUUUCUAAAUACACUUUGUGCGUUUUAAUAUCGGCUACCGUAACUUUGGUCUAAGUCUACUGAUUACUGUGCUGCUGCUUCAUGCUAUAUGUACCAUUUUAGCUUCCUUUGAACUACAGUGUAUGUCCAAUAGCAUGGCAUUCUUAGGGCAUACACUGUGACUCAUGGUAGUCUCUUCAUAUUUGGGGGUGAAGCUCCUUAAAAUUCAUCACCUUUGCAAUAAUAAUCUUUAUAACCCAAACAUCUUGCGGACAAGAAUGUUAUAGUAAUCGAGUGUAAUGGAUUUUUUUAAAAAGCUCAAUUUGACUGCUUAACUCUUAAUGUAGAUGGUGGCAAUUUUUUUAAUAUUUUGUGAAAAAUGGGUACACAGACAUGUUAGAAUAAGUUUAACAGUACUGUAAGUAUAAGAAUGCCUUAAGUAUGUUUCAGCAUAAUAUAAAACUUAAAGAGGUCAUUUUGCCUGUGUUUGAGAGGCAGUGUGAUGUGCCAUGAAUCUGUUUAGCUCAUAUGUUAAGCUGCUGCUUUCAAUAAGUGUUGGGCAAGAUGGCUUAGAAUUAGAAUCAAAUACUGUAUACCCAUAUAUGAAACCGUGUCCAGUGUUUGGUUGUUCAGAACAAUGCUGGAUUCAACAAAAAGAAAUGAAGCUAAACUGUUACUAAUGGGAUAAUGUUUUUCUGGCCACUUGGAUACAAAGCUCUUAGAGUUCGGUGUUUUCUUAUUUGUCAGUUUCUCCAUGUAUCCUGCCCAUAUAAUUAUCCCUUCCAGUUUAAGUAUUCAUACAGCCAUGCUGCUGAAGGCCUACUGUUCUAAGGUUCUGCUCCAGUGCUUGUUGAAGAUAAUGGAGAUACUCCCAUUGACUUAAUGGGCUUUGGUUCAGGCCCCAAGAUAUUCAAGCAUCUACAUAGCGUUUCUUUGCUAUUUAAAUCCAGUGGCUUUAAGAGGGCUUCAUUUUUAGUUUUAAGCAUAAAAGUAAAAAGGAAAAAAAGAAAUCUGUCUCUCUGGCACUGUGACUGUGCACACACACACACACACACACACACACACCCGUCCACCUAUACUGAGGAAAAAAUGGUAUACAAAUGUGCUCCAUUUUGCAUCAUAUUUGCAUCUUUCUUAGAUGUCUCGAGCAGUGAAUUAGCUGACCAUAUCUGUUAUUGAACAGAUAAUGGGUGAAAUUAAUUCUCUCACAAUUGAAAAACAAACAAAUGAAAAAAAAACCAUUAAUUUUAAUUACAAACAUGGGAUUUCUUAACACUGAGAUGUACAUGUUGAUGCUUGACAUUUCUUUCACUAGUCUUUGCCAAUAUACUCUUUAAUAGUGAUACAAAACAUGUUCAGUAUAGCAAUGUAAAAGUAAUUUAUUAUUAUAGCAAUAUAAAAAUAAUGAUUCAACUAUGGAGAAGCGUCAUUAAUAUCACUUUGAAAUUCAUUUAAGUUUUGUAUAUCUCAAUUUUUUUUAAAUUCAGCACUAUGGAAUAAGUGUUGUAUUAAGCUCCAGAUAAAGUCAAUCACAGCCUUUCUGUUAACCUUAAAGGAAGGAAGGUGGAUCACUCCCUAAAUUUUCCAGUAUUUGAAUUUGUAUUCAUACUCAUUUUCUUGCAGUUUGCCUUGGCAAGAAUGUUAACCUGUUCAAAUCUUAUCCUUCAUUUCCCAACAGAAUCAAUGUUUUCAAAAUAAAGAUUCCAUACUAAAUGGGGCCUGAUUGUACCACUUUUACACUGGAAUCAGUUGUGCUACUCAGUAUGAGUGAGGGUGUCAGAAUUGGGAGAUAGAUUUAUAAUGCAUUUUAGUCUCCAUAUACAAAGACAGAGCACUAAAAUCAUUCUGUAAUUAACAAAGUUAAGGGUGCAAUUUGCACCUUUCAUAUAAAACCUAAAUGAAUGAACUGAGAGAGAUGGGGGAUUGGAAUCCUCCUUUCUGAGCAAGCGGUAGUAGGGCACAGGACACUUGUACAACUGCUUUGCACCCAUUGCUACAGUCAGUGCUGCACUCCCCACCAAGUGUAAAGGCAGAUGGCUCUUUACUUUACUCACCCACUGACCGCAUUCCUGCAUGUCCCUGUAUUAAUCUCAGUGCUCUGUUCCAGCAGACAGAAGGGCUGUGGUGUCCUCCAGCAAUCUCUUGCUUCUCAGAUCUCAACACCUCCCACUGCAGAGGAUGUGAAUGUCAUCCUAUUCUGUUGUGGAUUACCCUUCUUUUAUAUUCACCUGAGAGAGUUUCAUAUCCUUUCAUUUACACACCUUGGUCUGAGUUAGACCAUGGUGUAUAUAGUAUAAAUUGAAGGGUGUUCUAGCUGCUUUUUCAGUGACAUUAUAUAAAGAGUUCAUACCAAAUGGUAUAUUUUAGCAGCUGUUAAAAGGGUAGGGAAAGUGUUAAUGUCACUUGCAAUUCUUAAUUAAAAUGAAGAAGUGUGAGACCUGUUUACCAGGGAGGCUAUCCUAUUAAAUGCUGAUGUGAAUACUAUAAAAAGCUGAAUCAGUCUUUCAAAUUCCAGUACUAAAUUAUUGCUUCUGUGAAAAUCACAGCAAAUGUUUUAAAAUCCAACUUUAAAAAUGGAAGUUGCAAGUCAUUCAACUUCUUUGUUAGGCUAAAAAGUGAAAGCUUUGGUUAAAGCAAAGCAUUCAUACAUGUUAAUAAUGGUGUAGUCAAAAUAUUUAUUGAAAGAAAAAGUAGAGUAUUUUAAAUGUUGCACCUGCCAUUAUUUUAAAGCACAUUCUUCACAUCUGCCAGUGCCAUUAUCAAGACUGUUUUAUAAAUGUACAUUUCUUCAAACUAAGUGCAUAAUUUAAAGUAUUAUGUUGCCAUCAUAUAGUGAUAUAAGACAUUUUAUAAUUGCCAAUUCAUUGUAACUAUUAUUUAUUUAAAAGUGAAAUUGUAAGAAUGCUUUCUGAUCAAAGCAACUGGAGUUGUUUUUAAAAUACUCCCUUUAGCUUGUUUUCUAAUGUAGCAUAAGAAAUGUCUUGGGUUUAUUUAGAAUAAUUCUGCCAGUAGAUGACCAAUCCUAACCCACCCCCACAGCCCUAGUUCAGUCCUUUACCCAUUUUAAAGACAAUUUACAGAAGUUUAGUUUUUUGUAUUCUAACCUCUGUUAAUUAAAAUGUUUAUAAAGUUUAUUUUUACCAAAGAGAUGCAAUUCAAUAUAAAACAUUGCAGAAUAAACUUUGUUUUAUAACAU